CGGAGUCCGGGGAUUCUGGCAGCACCGGAGACCCGCAGCAGAGACGUCUGGGCUGGCACUCACCCACGACCCCCUUUCGCUGCUAUGGUAGCCCAUCAGUAGCAGGUUCUAGGCCCCCGGGACACGUGGACAGAGGUGGCGGCAGCCAGGUUCGCAGAGCCACGGGAGCUCUAGGGCACUUGGGGGCGGCUCUGCCUGCUGCUGCUCUCUGGCGACCGUGGAGAUGUCCAACUGACAGGAGAGCUAGUGAAGACAAGAACGCUCCCUUUUAGCCCAAGCCCUCUGCACCCAUGGCGCUGCUGGCCAGUCUCUUGCCCCUGUGCUGCUUGGCACUUCUGACACUGCCUGCCCAGAGCUGCGGACCCGGCAGGGGACCUGUUGGUCGGCGCCGCUAUGGGCGCAAGCAGCCUGUGCCACUGCUUUACAAGCAAUUUGUGCCCAGCGUGCCUGAGCGGACCCUGGGCGCCAGUGGGCCAGCCGAGGGGAAGGUGGCGAGGGGCUCUGAGCGCUUCCGGGACCUCGUACCCAACUACAACCCCGAUAUCAUCUUCAAGGAUGAGGAGAACAGUGGUGCCGACCGCCUCAUGACAGAGCGUUGUAAGGAGCGGGUGAACGCUCUGGCCAUUGCAGUGAUGAACAUGUGGCCCGGAGUGCGCCUCCGGGUGACCGAAGGCUGGGAUGAGGACGGCCACCACGCUCAGGACUCGCUGCACUACGAAGGUCGAGCCUUGGACAUCACCACAUCUGACCGCGACCGCAAUAAGUACGGGCUGCUGGCGCGCCUGGCAGUGGAAGCCGGCUUCGACUGGGUCUACUACGAGUCCCGCAACCAUAUCCACGUGUCGGUCAAAGCUGAUAAUUCACUGGCGGUCCGGGCGGGAGGCUGCUUUCCGGGAAACGCCACCGUGCGCCUGCAGAGCGGCGAGCGGAAGGGGCUGCGGGAACUGCACCGCGGGGACUGGGUCCUGGCGGCAGACGCGGCGGGUCGCGUGGUGCCCACACCGGUGCUGCUCUUCCUGGACCGGGACCUGCAACGUCGGGCCUCAUUCGUAGCUGUGGAGACCGAGAGGCCUCCGCGCAAACUGUUGCUCACGCCCUGGCACCUGGUGUUCGCCGCUCGAGGGCCGGCGCCGGCGCCUGGCGACUUUGCACCGGUGUUCGCGCGCCGGUUACGCGAGGGGGACUCGGUGCUGGCGCCCGGUGGGGACGCACUUCGCCCUGCGCGCGUGGCCCGCGUGGCUCGGGAGGAAGCCGUGGGUGUGUUCGCGCCACUCACCGCGCACGGGACCCUGCUGGUCAAUGACGUUCUGGCCUCGUGCUAUGCGGUUCUGGAGAGUCACCAGUGGGCGCACCGCGCUUUUGCCCCCUUGCGCCUGCUGCAUGCGCUGGGGGCGCUGCUGCCCGGGGGCGCGGUCCAGCCGACUGGCAUGCACUGGUACUCUCGCCUCCUCUACCGCCUGGCGGAGGAGCUGCUGGGCUGAGCCCCCCAGGCAUGGCGACCUGGAGGCGCUCGACAAGAUCUGCGGUUGUGGGCAGCAGGCGACACUGACUGGGAGGGUGGGAGGGCAAGGGGAGGAAAGGGGGCUCCUCGGAAACGGCCUGGUUUAGGGACAACUUUCAACCGAGAGGAGGCGAUUCCUGCUCCUUGGUAGUUGGAGUUGAUGAUGGGCACACCUUAACGAGGACUGUUUAGCCUCUUUUUCCCUUGAGCUUCAGCCCUACUUGAUUAUUUUAUUUUCUAUUUAUAAAUUGUAAUAUAAUGAGCUGUUGCUCAGCAGUCAAGGCGAGGGGCUGGCCUCGGCGUUAACACUGUGACACAGCCAGCCAAUCUGAAGUCUCAUGUUUUCCUGAGGUGGGCUAAUAAAGGGAAGGUUUCCAGGA